AUGGAGCGGCGCAAAAUUAACUUUACGGACGAAGAGCGCACCAUCCUGAUGGAUAUGAUGGAGAGGCACCGCGAUGUGCUUGAGUGCAAAAGGACUGAUGCGGUGUCCAUCCACGCGAAGAAGAAGAAGUGGGAGAAGUUGGCCGACGAAUUUAACAGUCGCCACAACGUGCGGCCACGAACGUCCAAGCAAUUAAAGAAGUGCUGGGACAACCUAAAAGAAAAGUGGCGCCGUGCCAAAGCCGAAGACACGCGUGAGAUAUUCAAAACAGAGCCGACGCCAGCUGUAGCAGCACUGCUGGCUUCGUCACAGCCGGGACGAAGCACUGAUGCAGAUGAUGCCGACAUGAACUAUGAUGACUCCUGGCAGUGGGACAUUGAAAACCAGGACGAAGCAGCGGCUUUGCAGUGUGCAGCGCCACCAAAUGCGGAACCUACUCAGCUUGUACCAGAGCCAGCAUCACCCCUAGCUCCAGCCCCACCGGCUCCAGCCCCACCAGCUCCAGCCCCACCAUCUGCAGUCCUGCCAGCUGCUGUGCCGCCAGUGCCGAAAGCCCGCCUGGAAAAGCCUACUCUGUCGAUUUGCUUGGAGCACUCAGCAUGCUCGCUGAUGCGUGGAAGUCAGUGGCCACCCACUACGCUGCGCAACUGCUUCCACGCGGGAUUUGUGUUGAAUAGCGACUCGGCUUUCUUGGACGAGGAUAGUGUCGUCGAGCAGCUGUCUGGCAGUGAGCACCACAUCGACAACCUUCGCACUGCAGGCGUCAAAAUUCCCUCGACCGUUUCGUUUUCGGAGUUCACGGACGUGGACAGCGAGUUGGAACUGUGCGCCGGACUCACGGAUGAAUAA